UUCCGAUAACAGAAAAAGAAGAUGCAGCCAAGGCGCGGAAUGAUUACGUCCAACACUUGUAUAGACGUCGUUAUGCCAGCCCAUGCUAUUGAGCUUGAAAUUGCCAAGAAACAUUUAACUGAAACAAUUGGUGAUAAUGUCAAACAUUCAUGUCCACAAUGACUUUCUCCUGGCCAUUCUCACGCGUUGUCAGAUAAUCGUCUCCACACCAGAGGGUGCUGGAUCUUUGCUGUGUGCAGGUAGCUCAGCUUCCAAGCCUGGCAAGCCUGCCAAAGGAAAAAAUAAGUUCUCCUUCAGACAGAAGAGUUGUUCUGUGUGUGACCUGUUGCGUGUCCAGCAUCGUUUCCAGCCCCAGAACCCUCUGAGUGCGGCCCAGGCCUUCAGCCUGCAGGAGGUUGGGAGUGAGGAGGAGGAGCUGAGACUUAGUGCCCACACCCUGUUGCUGCCAACCCGGGGCCAGCUGGAGGCCCGCAUGAUGGUCACCGCUUUUGAGCUGGGCCUGGACAACGUCACGGAGGACGCCGUCAGUACCAUGGUCCACGCAGUGGAGAGCCACCUGAAGGACAUGCUGACUGCUGUGGUGUCCAAGAGGAAGGCCUACCGGCUGCGUGAUGGACACUUCCCCUACGCCUUCGGCAGUGAUGUCACCCCCCCAGCCCUACUUGAAGAACAGCCUGGCAGCCUACCACAUUGUCACAGAUUGGUCCACCGAGGUGUGAUGCCCUCUCACACCAUGUAUGCCCUGAACAUGGACCGGAUCCUGUCCCGGCUGUGGCAUCCCGGUCAUGAGGAACUGGAGCGGGACCAUGUGCACCGCCAACGCCUCGCAGGGAUGAAUGGUCUGCUCGUCAGCUGAGACACACACAGACAGUCUGAUGGAUCGACAGGCAGAUUGUGGUGGGGGUAUGGCAGAGACAAAUGGAGAGUUUAACAAACAGUGUUGAGGCAUCCAUAUGGGCCCUAAACCCUGCCUUGAAGCAGAGCGAGAGGAUGAUAUCGAAGACUGGAUUUACACUCCACUACGUCUACUCCGUAGAGGCUCUGCAACCGCUUCGCCACGCACCACAACUUUGCACUAGUGUCAAUAACGUUUUCGAACGCUUGGUAGAGUGCAAACCCAGCCUAUGAUGCACACAGUAGAUCUGUGUUGAAGGCUCACAGAGCUGUGCUGUAAUGAAAAGGAAGGAAUGAAGGCCCAGUGUGGUGUGGUCACAGACAGCUUGUUAUGGCACUAACAUGUCUACACACGCGUGCACACACAGUGAUAUCUCUCCCAUAGCCUCUCUGACCCUCCUUUAAAUGCACCGUUAGUCAUGUUAAUACGUUUGAGGAUGGGUGCAUUUCUGACCUUCUGGUGGGUUUAUUUUGUCUGUUAAUUUGUUUGAUAAAAUAGUGUUACUUUUGUUGUAUUUCCCACGCCUCUGUGUACAAAUGUUGCAGCCCUAUUAUUGCGAUAUUGACAUGCUCUUGUAGAGUUAUGCCUGAGUAGUACACUUGGGUCCUUGUUCACUGUACUUUGUCAGAGCAAUGCAUGUAUUAGUAUGCAUGCAAAUAUGUAUGUGUGUGUAUAUAUUGUUUAUACAUGUUUUACACCUGCUUAAUAUCAAAGUCCACUUGCUCAAUAGUAAUUACUCUAGUAUUGUUGCCAUAUCUCAUUGUUACCAAUGACAUCUAUAGUGCCACCAACUGGUCUGGUGCAGCCAUCUAAGGUUGCAGUGACUUUAUGUUCACACAGCUUGUAAGGACAUAUACGUAAGGUUUACUUACCAAAUUAUAAGUUAUGGUGCCAUCUAGUGGUGUAGUGUGGCCGACUUUGAAUGCAGCAACUAAUCAUUGUCAAAUUCAUUAGGCUAAUUCAUUGACUUCAGAUUUGGUAUAUAGACUCAAUCUGACUUAAAGUUCAUGAAGAUGUUUUAAGUAUUAUUAGCAUAAGGACGUCCAUUAUAGCGAUGAUACGUUUCAAGUUGAUAGGCUACUUUGGAGUGGCUUUACAGUGGUUUAAAUGGACACGUCAAAUCUGAUUUUUGAUUUGCUAACUCUGCCAUCUUUUUACCAAUCCCUUUAGCUUUUCACAAACUAAGUUAAGAUGUAGCAUGGGCCAACAUUCCACAUUUGGUGUCAUGGUUCAUGAGAAGAUUUCUUUAUUUUUUUGAAUUUUUUCCACAUGUGCUAAUGUGCAUCUACUGGUAUAGUGUGGCCAUCUUUGAAUGCAUCAAUGUUAUUUUCUCAAACUGUAGGGACUGUUUUGAUGAUUCAAAAUACCACAUUCUGAGUGUAUCAGACUUUCAGUCCAGGUGAAGAUUAUUUUAUGAUUAUUUUAAUAAGCAUUAGUCUUACAUAGUCAAAGUGAAUUGUUAACUUUUUAAGAUAUCAAAGCCAAACUUAACAUGGUUCAUCAUGUUAAUGUAUUUGAUGACCCUACAAAGUUGAUAGGCCAUUGUGGAUUUACAAAGAUUUUAAAUGGACACGUAAAAUCUGAUUUCCUGAUUUAUCAAUAACUCAGCCAUCUCAUCACCAAUCCCUUAGUUUUUCUUGAACUAAGUUAAGAGAUGGUAUAAUUUGGAUUUAUGAUUCAUGAGUAGUUUUUCAAAGAUUUUCCAAAAUGUCCAAGAUGGAGGAAAAUCUAUCCUGAGGGACCGUAUGGGUCCUUGAGGCAAAUUUUUUCAGCAUGAGGAAAGACCUUUCAAGUCUCUAGGUCAAACGGGGCAGCGGAUAUGAGGGUUUGAGAUACUGAUUAUAACAGCACCACCUAUAGGCCAAUCUGUGCCAUUAUUUUUGACCAAGCUACUCAUGGGUUCUAGUUUCUGUGUGCCAAAUAAAUACAUUACCAAUU